UUUUGGCAAGCACUACCGGAAAUAGUAUUGACAUCGUUUCUGAUUUGCUUGUGGUUCAUGUUUUGUUAGCUAAUCUGGCUAGCAGAUGUCGACUGGUCGAAUUUAUUUUCAGAUGAAUAUAUGUGCAUAAAACUGUUGAAACGCCACUCCUAGUAAGAGGGGAGGAUGGCGCAUCGACGUACCCCACCUCCGCUGUCCCAGAGGACUGAGUACCUGGAACCUGAUAAUGAUUCCGACAGGGACUCUGGUGUUGGGGAGGAUGAUGACAGUUGCCAUGGAGGCACAGUAACCGAAGAGGAGAAAGACAACACGCAAGAUGGCACGGAAGAAAACUGCGAGGAGGGAGAAGAUUUUACAGUUUUUGUUGCCUUUCAAGGGAAUAUGGAGGACGAGGACUUCAUUCAAAAACUUGACACUAUCCUCAGUGGGAUACCAAACAUGCUUGAUAUGGGCUCGGAGAGGCUACAGCCACAGCAUGUGGAGCCGUGGAACAGCGUGCGCGUUACCUUCAACAUUCCUCGGGAUGCUGCUGAGCGACUCAGACUGUUGGCCCAGAACAACCAGCAGCAGCUCAGAGACCUGGGGAUUCUCUCCGUUCAGAUAGAAGGGGAAGGGUCCAUCAAUGUGGCUGUGGGACCAAAUAGAGUACAAGAAGUCAGAGUGAAUGGACCAAUUGGAGCACCUGGCCAGAUGAGAAUGGAUGUUGGCUUUCCAGGUCAGCCUGGUCCAGGGGUUAGGAUGGCUAAUCCAACAAUGGUUCCCACUGGGCCUGGCAUUGGAGGUCAGGCUAUGGUACCAGGCAGCAGUGGACAGAUGCAUCCUCGUGUUCCGAGACCAUCUUCACAGACAGAUGUAAUGGAUCCAAUGAUGCCAGGCAUGUCAGUUCAGCAGCAACAGCAACUUCACCACCAACAGGCCGGUCCCCAUGUCUCAGGCCCAAUGCCUCCUCAGGCUGCCCAUCACAUGCAGGGUGGGAGACCACUCAACCCUGUUGCACUGCAGCAGCUUCAACAACAACAACAACAACAACAACAUCAUCACCAACAGCAACAGGCCCAGCAGCAAGCUCAGCUCUCCCAGCUUGGACCUAGACCUCCAUUCAACCCAUCGGGCCAGAUGGCUGUGCCUCCUGGCUGGAACCAGUUGCCCUCUGGGGUCCUCCAGCCACCAGCUGCCCAAGGAGGCCCUGCCUGGAGAAAGCCCCCACCCCAAGCCCAAAUGGUUCAACGUCCACCCUCCCUUGCUACAGUUCAAACUCCCAGCCACCCUCCACCCCCUUACCCAUUUGGCAGCCAGCAGACUGGGCAGGUAUUCAAUGCCAUGGGACAGGGACAAUUACAACAACAACAACAGCAGACAGGAGUUGGUCAGUUUGCCGCCCCCCAGCCUAAAGGCCCACAGGCUGGCCCUGGUGGUGUUGCAGGACCACCCAGACCCCCUCCACCACUUCCACCAACUUCUGGACCGCAGGGCAACCUCACUGCCAAGUCCCCGGGUUCCUCCUCGUCUCCUUUUCAGCAGGGUUCACCUGGGACUCCUCCCAUGAUGGCUCAGAGACCUACAACUCCACAGGGUUUUCCCCAGGGCGUUGGAUCACCAGGAAGAGUAGCCCUCGGCCAACAGGGUAACAUGCAACAAGGAUUCAUGGGAAUGCCCCAGCAUGGACAGACAGGGGCCCAAGUUCACCCAGGCAUGCAAAAGCGUCCCAUGGGCUUUCCAAACCCAAACUUUGUCCAAAGUCAGGUGAGUGCCAGCACUGCAGGAACAGCUGGUGGAGGAGCCAGUCAGCAGCUACAGAGCAGCCAAGCGAUGACUCACACAGGAGCUCCGCCUUCCGCCUCCACACCAAACUCAAUGCAGGGUCCACCCCAUGCCCAACCCAAUGUUAUGGGUGUACAAAGUAGCAUGGCAGGUCUGCCCCCUGGUACAACCGCUGGGCCUAUUAUGGGCCAGCAACAGCCUGGCCUCCAGACCCAGAUGAUGGGCCUCCAGCAUCAGGUCCAGCCCGUGUCUUCCUCCCCCAGCCAGAAGGUUCAAGGCCAGGGUGGAGGUCAGACUGUCCUUUCAAGGCCCCUCGGUCAAGGGCAGAGAGGAGGGAUGACCCCACCCAAGCAAAUGAUGCCUCAGCAAGGCCAGGGGGUGAUGCAUGGGCAGGGUCAGAUGGUUGGAGGCCAAGGGCACCAGGCCAUGCUCCUACAGCAGCAGCAGCAACAACAACAACAACAACAACAGCAACAAAACUCCAUGAUGGAACAAAUGGUUGCCAAUCAGAUGCAAGGCAACAAGCAGGCAUUUGGAGGCAAGAUUCCAGCUGGGGUCAUGCCUGGCCAGAUGAUUCGUGGCCCUGCUCCAAACGUUCCAGGUAACAUGGCCCAGUUCCAGGGCCAGGUUGUACCACAGCAGAUGACUCCACAACAGCAGCAACAAAUGGCUCAACUCCAACAACAGCAAUUACAACAACAGCAACAGCACCAGUUGCAGCAGCUACAGCAGCAGCAGCAGCAGCAGCAGCAGCAGCAGCAGCAGCAGCAACAACAACAACAACAACAACACCAGCAGAUGAACCAGCAACAACCCCAGGUUCCUAUUGCUGGUAAUCCUAAUCAAGCUAUGGGCAUGCAUGGGCAACAGAUGAGGCUGCCUGCAGGUCAUCCUCUUAUCCAACAACAGUUGCAACAGCAGCAGUUACAGCAGCAGCAGCAGAAACAACAGCAACAGGCCAUGUUGCAACAGCAACAACAGGCAGCUCAGCAACACCCACAUCCUUUGGGAGAUCCUAAUAGUGGGACAGGGGACUUGGGGGUCCAACAGAUGGUCCCUGAUAUGCAGGCACAGCAGCAGCAAGGCAUGAUGGGGGGCCCUCAGCACAUGCAGAUGGGAAAUGGCCACUUUGCAGGACAUGGCAUGAACUUUAACCCACAGUUCCCAGGUCAGAUGCCAAUGGGGGGACCCUGUGUACAGCCAGGAGGCUUUCCCGUCAACAAGGAUGUAACCCUGACUAGCCCACUGCUGGUCAACCUGCUGCAGAGUGAUAUCUCAGCCAGCCAGUUUGGGCCAGGAGGAAAACAGGGAGCAGGGGGGGGCAAUCAGGCCAAACCCAAAAAGAAGAAACCAGCACGAAAGAAGAAGCCCAAAGAGGGAGAGGGACAACAGCAAGUAGAGGGACUUGGUGGUCUUGAUGUGGCUGCUUGCAUGGAGGAUUCCGAACUACCAAAUCUGGGUGGUGAACAGAGUUUGGGUUUAGAUAACUCUGGCCAGAAACUCCCUGAUUUUGCCAACAGGCCUGCGGGCUUUCCUGGCCAACCUGCAGACCAGAGAGUAUUGCAGCAGGUACCCAUGCAGUUUAUGCAACAGCAACAACAGCAACAGCAACAGCAACAGCAGCAACAACAACAACAACAACAACAACAACAACAGCAGCAGCAGCAGCAACAACAAAUGCAGCACAUGCAACAGCAGCAGAUACAGCAACAACAAAUGCAGCAGCAACAAAUACAACAACAAAUGCAACAGCAGCAAAUACAGCAACAGCAGCAACAAUUACAACAACAACAGCAGAUGCAGCAACAACAGCAGAUGCAGCAGAUUCAGGGUCACCAGAAUGUUCAAGGGCAACAGGGGAUGACGGGGCCACAGACUUCGGGUCAAGGCCAGCCCCAGAUGCACCCUCAUCAGCUACAGCAGCAGCAAACUCAACAACCACACCUGCAACAGCAGCAACAACAACAGCAGAUGAUGAUGAUGCUGAAGAUGCAGCAAGAGCAGGCAAAGAAUCGCAUGUCCAUCCCCCCAGGAGGGCAGCUCACUCCUAGGGGCAUGGGCAAUCCACCUGAGGUGCAGAGGCUCCCAGUCUCACAGCAAGGCAACAUGCCUGUAAUGAUCAGCCUUCAAGGACAUGGAGGGGUACCGUUGUCACCUGACAAAGCCAGAGGGAUGCCCCUGAUGGUGAACCCACAGCUUGCAGGCGCUGCGCGAAGAAUGUCCCAUCCUGAUGCAGGUCCUCAAGGCACUGGAGCUGAAGAGGCUAUUGCAGGGUCGCACCCGAAGCAGGACAGGCCUGGUGGCCCCGAAAUUGGGUUGCAGCCUGGGAAUGGAACCCAACAGAUGAUGGCCAAUCAGGGCUCCAACGCUCACAUGAUGAAGCAAGGCCCUGGUCCGUCACCAAUGGCCCAGCAUACUGGAGCCAGUCCCCAGCAACAAUUACCAAGUCAGCCUCAGCAAGGAGGCCCCAUACCUGGCCUUCAUUUCCCCAAUGUCCCCACAACCUCACAGAGCUCCAGGCCAAAAACCCCCAACAGAGCCAGCCCCAGGCCGUACCACCAUCCUCUCACCCCAACUAAUCGUCCACCCAGUACUGAGCCCUCCGAAAUCAACCUUUCACCUGAGAGGCUAAAUGCCUCUAUUGCAGGGCUGUUUCCUCCCAAAAUCAACAUUCCUCUGCCUCCCAGGCAGCCUAACCUAAACAGGGGAUUUGAUCAGCAAGGUCUUAACCCAACAACUCUGAAAGCAAUUGGACAGGCCCCUCCUAGCUUAACUUUACCAGGGAACAACAACAAUGGCACUGUAGGUGGAAAUAACACUAACAACAGUCAGCAGCCUUUCUCUACUGGCACUGGAGUAGGAGGCACUGGCUCUAAACAGGACAGGCAGACUGGAGGGCAGGGUAAGAGGGCAAGUCCUAGUAAUAGUCGGAGGUCAAGUCCAGCCUCUAGCCGUAAGUCAGCCACCCCAAGUCCAGGGAGACAAAAGGGGACAAAGAUGGCCAUCACCUGCCCUCCCCCCCAGCAGCAGCAGUUGGUCAACCCUCAGGGGCAAACCAUGAUGCUAAGCCCUACCUCAGUACCCCCAAGUCCAGUAUCUAUGUCUUCACAAGUGAGUGGGGCCAUGGAGACACCGCAGACCCAGAGCCCCUUCCAUGGGAUGCAAGGUAACCCUGCUGAGGGAGCCAGGGAAAGUCAGGGAAUGAUGACCACAGAGCAGCGACAGAUGCCCCAGCCACAGUCUUUGAGGGAGUUAUCAGCUCCCAGAAUGGCAAGUCCUCGUUUCCCCAUGCCUCAGCAGCCUAAACCUGAUUUGGAACUGCAGGCUGGUACAGUUGAGAGGCACCCAGCACACACAGCAUCUAUGCAGGACUCUGAGGUCUCACCUACUCUCAGGUCAGCUCCAACCUCCCUCAACCAGCUACUGGAUAACUCGGGUAUCCCAAACAUGCCUCUUCGGCCCAUACAGAGUAAUACUGGUAGGGAUGUUAUGGGGAAGGACAGCCCUAAGUCUGCUUUGGAUCUAGAGAGACCACACCACAGUAAUUCCCAGAGUACAGAUACGUCAGCUGCUGUCACUUCCACUGCCACUAUAAAUGAGCUGGAAGCUAAACCCAAACCUGCUGUAAAAAUCCCUACCAGGAGUCCUAAUUUGCAGCCUGCUUCAAUUUCCAGCUCGCAGUCUAGCCCUAACAGGACCACUAAUACUACCCCCAGCCUUAGCCAAAACGCCAUCUCCAAUUUUGUUGUCAAUCCCAGUCCAAAUAUAAACCCAACACCUACCCUCAGCCCCACUCUCAGUACUAACACUAAUGCAACCACAAGUGUAAUCCCCAACCCAGUCACUUCCGGUCAGAGCAGUCCUGCCUCGACUGUUAGUACCAGUUCAAACUCCAGCUCUGCUUUAAACCCAGCCAGUUCAGCUCUAAAACCAAGCCCUAGUCCUAAACCUGUGACAAGUGUUAACUCAGUCAUACAGAUCCCUGCCUCUUCUAGCACAAUUUCCCCCAGCCAGAUAACUGUGUUUGUCACCUCUAACCCGAUCACCUCCACCUCUGCCCCCACUCCCCAGGCACCCACAUCCAUGGUCUCCACCAUGGUGGCUGUCCCUAACAAGAACAUUAGACCUCAGGACAUCCAACAGCAGGCCCCUGUCCCCCGACCUCCUCAGUUUAUCACCACCACCCCUGUAUUUAUCAACCCAAUUUUCCAGGUCCCAGGUGCAUCUGUGGCUCCCAAUACCACAAUGGUAUCACAGUCAGUCACCAUGGUGGGGCCUAUCCAAGUGUCCACUACAAACCUCGAACUUUCUUCUGCCCCAAGCUCUACCCAGUCCUCAUUGGCUAACAUGACCAGCACUCAGUCUACCAGAUGUGCUGUUGGACAGGUCCAGAUUGCCACUAGUGUGUCCUCAUCAGUCCCGGUUGGUACUCCCCCAGUUCCCAAGCAAAUGAACCCAGCGGCUCCCAAAACCGAAAAUCUAGGUGACGCAGGUUUUGCUCAGAAACCUAUUCCUCCAGUCCGGCAGCCAUCUCCCCAUUCAACCCCUUCAACAACAUCUCCCUUUCAGCCACCCCUGGCUUCUCCUCCUCUCUGCUCUAGUCCUGGGGCUGCUAACACUAUUCGAAAGAGCCCCAUGUCUCCAUCUCCCACUGCCCAGCCGAAAAGUAAACCUGGACAGGCUGCUGUAGCUAUUUCUGGUACAGCGGACUCCCAGCAGAGUCCUGUAGAAAGGUCUGCGCAGGGGCCCUCCGGGGCUGUGCCACCACAGAGCUUUCAUCCUCCUGCUAGUCCUGCCAUUCAGAUUGAGACACUAGCUCCUCAAACUACUACUGCUGCUGCUCCAAACACUCCACCUGCUGUCUCCUCUCCAAUCCCAGUUCCUGGCCAAGUGGCUGUUCCUACUCAGAUUGUUACCCAGGCUCCAGUGCCUGCACCAGCUUCACUCUCAAGCCAGGCUGUAACUUCUCAAGCUCCUAUUGUCACUGUAGUUGGUGCUAUCACAGGUGUCUCUUCUGCUACCCUCUCUACGGUUGCUCCCGUACAAAGUCCCGUACCGUCCAUUGUUGCUGGAUCUGGACCUGCUCUGAAGGUUGCCCCUACCACAUCCUCUCCAGUUGCUAACCCCAGCAGAGUUUCACCAGCUCAGCCUGACCCUCCAGCUAUAGAGCCCCCCAUGCCGCCAGCUGCUGUAUCUGCUGAAACCACUCAGACCACCCCAGCACCUAUUCAACAAGAUGUCCCACAGGCCCAGGAACCUGUUGCCAGUGAGAAGAUGGGUGAAGAGGUCUUGACAGGUUCUGAGCAGGGAUGGGCAAAGAAAAGAAAGACGCCCAUCAACUUAGUCCCAAGGGCUGCUGUGGAGAAGCCCAAGGGACCGAGCAGACGCAGCUCCCGGGCAGAGAAGGAGGUGGAGGAAGAGCCAGUAGCAGACAGCGGCAUUAGGAAGAGAUCAGCCAGGCCUGGCACCAGUGCUGCUGUAAAAGAAACUGGAGCAAGCCCCACCCAGGCCAAACGAAGGAAGUCGAAAUAGGCACAACUCCAGUUGUGGCAACCUAUGAACUGUACUGUAAAUGUUUUUUUUUUCCCGCUGUGAAUCAGUUGCUAUCGGUUUCUCUGUCCCAGAUUAUGAAUUUUCAAUGGAAGAAGAAACCAUGUACAGAUUGUUUUAAAAAGAAUUAUGCUAUUGUUUUGUCAAUGCUAUUAUGUGAGAUUGUAGUUAGAAUGUGUGCAAUACCGUAUGUGUUUGUGGGAAUGUGCUUUUUAUAUUAAAUGCUGGAUUAAUCGUGAAGACUGAUAAUGGAGUUUGCCAUGAUUGUAUAAUUAUGUUGUAAAACUGAAUUAAAUUUUCUACUGCUUUUUGUUCUGUGAAA